AGGGCAGCCAUCCAACGCCGCCUUCGCGGAGCGGCGUCUCGUGCACCCAAACUCGCGCCGCCCGGCCGCAGCGGCCGUCCACAGCCUCCCUUUACGGUCGACGGACGCGCGGUCGCCGCGGCGCGCGCCUCCUCGUUGCUGGGGCAGCCUCGCCCGGGGCAGCCCGCCGGCGCGAUGGGCUCCCCAAGCAAGACCGCGAGCACCAUCGUCUUAGGCAGCGGCGAGACGGGCUACGACCGGUGGGCGCGGUCGUCCCAACAGAUCGGCGCCUACUACGCGGCGCCCAAGAAGCCGACGACGCCGGGUCGCGCGCCCGGCACCGCCGCUCUUAUUGGUAGAGCAAAUCGCGCAAGUGCCGCCAUGCGCGUGCUCGGCAGCACGAUGGGCUACGACACGAACCCGCCGCCGCCGGUGGCCGUGACGAUGUUGGGGAAAAGGACGCAUAGCGACCACUCGCUCUACCUCACGCUCGGCCAUUCCCAAAACAUGUACAAGUCGGCGAGCGGCUUCUGGGAGGCGUCGGUCACGCGGGCAUCUCGAGCGUUACCGCAGGUUGACCAGAGACCACCGACCGACACGCGCGUGACGUUUGAGGGCGACCGGCCGGCCGUCGACGUCGACGCGACUGGUGAAGAGGACGCGCCGCUAUCGCCGACGUUGGACGAGCACGCCUUCGGCGAAACACCCUUAUCCAACGACCAGCCGGGCCCGUCGUUCGGGAUUGAAGGGGCGGACCCGCCGGACGACGGUCUCUUCGAGGAGGCGUCGGUGGACGUGUUGACCGUGGGCGGCGACGGGUCCCUGCAGGAAUAGUCUGCGUAAAUUCCAAGGUUAGUCAC